AUGGCACAAACAGUGGCUACCAAGCCUUUUGAAGGCCAGAAGCCCGGUACGUCGGGUCUUCGUAAGCGUGUAAAGGUCUUUGAGCAGGAGAACUACACGGAGAACUUUGUGCAGUCCAUUCUUUCUGCCAUCCCCGGCGGUGCGAAGGGUGCGACUCUCGUCGUUGGUGGUGACGGUCGCUACUUUUCGCAGCCGGCUGUUCAGAAGAUUGUGCGUUUGGCAGCAGGCAACGGUGUGUCGAAGCUGAUUAUCGGUCAGAACGGUAUCCUCUCCACGCCAGCAGCGUCACAUGUCAUUCGCCUGCGCAAGGCGACAGGCGGUAUUCUUCUUACCGCGAGCCACAACCCAGGUGGCCCCAAUGCCGACUUUGGUAUCAAGUACAAUAUGGAGAACGGUGGACCUGCUCCGGAGGGCGUCACCAACAAGAUUUACGAGCUGACGACCAAGAUUGACCACUACCUUGUGGAGCAGGGUGAGGACGUCGAUCUGGCCUCGAUCGGUGAGACGACCUUUGGCUCGAUGAAGGUGGAAGUAAUCGAUUCUGUGAAGGACUAUGUGGAAUACCUCUCGAAGAUCUUUGACUUUGACAUGAUCAAGUCGUUCCUGCGCUCGGGCUCGUUCAAGGUGCGCUUUGAUGCCCUGCACGGUGUCACAGGCCCCUAUGCGCGUGCGCUCUUUGUCGAGUGCUUUGGCUUGCCAGAAGCAGCUGUGCAAAACUGUGUGCCGUCGCCUGACUUUGGUGGAGGUCACCCGGACCCGAACUUGACAUAUGCCAAGUCGCUCGUCGAUGCUGUGCAGCAGGAGGGCCUGGACUUUGGCGCUGCAAGCGAUGGUGAUGGUGACCGCAACAUGAUUCUCGGCAAGAACGCGUUUGUGAACCCCAGUGAUAGUGUGGCCAUCAUCGCAGACUGGGCUGAGCGUGCCAUUCCCUACUUCAAGUCGGGUGUGCGUGGUGUCGCUCGCAGCAUGCCGACGAGUGGUGCCAUUGAUCUCGUUGCGAAGGAGCGCAAGUAUGAGUGCUUUGAGGUGCCUACAGGCUGGAAGUUCUUCGGCAACCUGAUGGAUGCUGGUCGCCUUUCGAUCUGCGGUGAAGAGAGCUUCGGUACAGGCUCGGACCACAUUCGUGAGAAGGACGGUCUGUGGGCUGUAGUGGCAUGGCUCAGCAUCGUCUCCAAGGCAAAUGAGGAGAAGCCUGGUACGUCUGUGGCGGAUGUGCUGCAGGCACACUAUGAGAAGUACGGCCGCAAUUUCUUCAGUCGUUACGACUACGAGGAGGUGGAGAGUGCGGGAGCCAAUGCUAUGAUGGACGGCUUGCGCUCCAAGUUUGCCGACGCGUCCUUUGUGGGCACGUCGCUGGGUUCCUUUAAGGUCGCGGAUGCGGGCGACUUUAGCUACACAGACCCUAUUGAUGGCAGUGUGAGCAAGAACCAAGGCCUGUACGUCCGCAUGGAGGACGGCUCGCGUUUGGUGUUCCGUCUGAGUGGCACCGGCAGCGCGGGUGCCACGAUCCGUCUGUACGUGGAGAAGUACUCCUCGGACCCUGCCGAGUACAAGGCCGACGUGCAGCAGGCCCUCAAGCCGAUCAUCGACGUGGCACUGGAGCUGAGUGCCUUGCAGAAGCACACUGGUCGCGAGAAGCCUACUGUGAUUACAUAA